AUGGGAAGGAGGGAGGGAGGGAGAGAGGGUGCGCGUUGUGCGCGUUCCCGCCCGGAAGGGUGAAAUUCCUCAUGGGAGGAUAAGGGCUGAGCGUAGCGGUGUCCCGGCCCGGUGCAGCUCCUGCAGGGAUCAUCCCCUGUCCCUGUGCCACGGGGUGUCCUUGCCUAUCCUCCUUGUGCCAUGUCCCCGGGUGUUCUGACGCCCUCUCGGUUCCCUGAGGCUGACACCAACACGGGACAAGCAGUUUCACUUCGGGGUUUUCCCUCCAAGUAAUGCAGAUAGAGAGAAGAAAAAAAAGAUGUAUUGCUAUUAGAUGCCAGAUCUACUGCCCUCUGUGCUAAGCUGCAACCAGAAUGGCAAAAUACAGGCUCGUUCUCCUAAGACAUGGGGAAGGAGCCUGGACCAAGGAGAAUCGCUUCUGCAGCUGGGUGGACCAGAAGCUGAGCAGCGAUGGGAUACAGGAAGCUCAGAACUGUGGCAAACACCUCAAAGCGCUGGGCUUCGAGUUCGACCUCGUCUUCACCUCCGUGCUGAGCCGCUCCAUCCAGACUGCCUGGCUGAUCCUGGAGGAGAUGGGCCAGGAGUGGGUCCCCAUUCAGAGCUCCUGGAGGCUGAAUGAGCGCCACUACGGAGCGCUGAUCGGGCUCAACAGAGCAGAGAUGGCGCUGAAUCACGGCGAGGAGCAAGUGAAAAUCUGGAGGAGAAGCUACGAUGUUACCCCGCCUCCCAUCUCUGAAUCUCACCCCUACUACGCAGAGAUCUACAAUGACCGCCGCUACAAAUGCAGUGAUGUCUCUCAGGAGAAUCUCCCAAAGGCUGAAAGUCUCAAAGAUGUGCUUGAUAGACUCCUUCCCUACUGGAAUGAAAAGAUAGUGCCAGAACUGAAAAGUGGCAAAAUGAUUCUUAUCUCUGCUCAUGGCAACAGCAGCAGGGCAUUGCUGAAGCAUGUGGAAGGCAUCUCUGAUGAGGAUAUCAUCAAUGUCACCCUCCCCACUGGUGUGCCCAUACUUCUUGAACUUGAUGAGAAUUUGCACCCUCUGGGCCCUCACCAGUUUCUGGGUGAUCAAGAAGCUAUCCAAGCUGCCAUCAAAAAAGUGGAAGAUCAAGGGAAAGUAAAAUCUGCUGAGAAGUUAAAUCCCAGUGUCUAACUGUGUUCAGUGUGGUAGUAAGUGAUGAUGUGUGUAUGACUGCUAGGUUGCACUGUGUGAAUGUCUCAAUUUCAAGCACUAAAUAAUUGGAAGGGAUACUUGUUGAGUCACAGGUUGGUAGUUUAAUCCUCUGCCUUUUCAAAAACUGGAAUUUAGAUUGCAGCUUGAGGUUUUCAAAACUGGAAAAGGAAGAGAUGAUUCAGGUAAUGGAAACUUGCAGGGCAGUCUGCCCCAGAUCCACCACUGAGGAUGGCCCAGUAGAGAAAUAAAGGGAUGUGUUAUUGGUGUCUACUAACAAUCAGUUGUAAUCUGUUAAGGAGAAAAGCACCAGCUUACUGGACUAACUUAAGUCCAGGAUGUAAUAGGCACUAAAACUGUCACUGAUAAAAUGGAACCAGAUAACAGUGUUACCAACUAUGAUUUUUCUGUGCCACAGUAGCUGUGUCAAUUUGUUCUCAGUGGAUUUCCUUCAGUCUUUUAGAACACCUUCAGCCGGUCAACUCUCUGUCUGUGUUAUUUUGAGUCUUCUGUGGCCAGUUCAUGGUCCAGAGAAUUUUGUAGAGGUGUUCUGACUACUGAAGUUAUCAUAGUUAUCUUUUUUUACACUGUGUUGGGUUUUUAAGGAAUCGAGAUGGAAUCCCUUUUCCUCCACCAUCUUUGCAAAGCCUAGUGUCACUGCAUUUUGCUGGCUUGCAGUAAUAGGAUUUAAAUCAGACUUUAGUCCACAAAAGAAGCACAAAGCUUUUCUGCUCAAUGUUUAAGUUAUCGUGUAGCUCCUAGUGAGGGACCUGAAUACUUCUGAAACACUUUGGUAAUGUGUACUAGAGGUUUCAUCACCCCUUAGUCAAGUUGAUAAAUAAUCCCUGCUCACCUCAGCAAAAAUGACAUACAAAAUACCCCUCUAAGCUUUCCUGAGUUGCAAAGGUAUCUUGAUAAAUGUGUUCCACUGUAACAUAACUGUGGCAUUAUCUGUAUCAAAUUCUCUGAAGGGCUGGGAGAGAUGCAUGCAUCAGAAGUGUUGCUGGGUGCAGCUCGUUCAGCCAUCCUGCUGGUAAGGAAAGAUAUUCUGCCAUGCCUGAAAGAGUUCUCCUGUAAACUCUCCUCGCAGUCAUAGCUUGGUUCCUGCUGAGUGUGGCCUUGCUGCUGUUUGGCACUGGACUUGACAAGUUCACCCUGUGCUUGGAUGCAGUGUAGCAGGUGUGGCAGCCUGGUGUUCUCUUUAUGUACACGGGCACCAGGGUAAUUCCACUUUUGAGGAUUUGCUCUUAUUCUUGCCUGCAAAUAUGAAACUGCUAGAAAGUUUAUAUCUGACCCACUGUCUCAACACAUGAGCAUCUGAUUCUGACCUUGGAUAUCAACCUGGGUGACACUUGUGUGUGUGCUGCUUGAACUGAAUAUGUUCUCAGCAUGGCCUAGCUACAAAUCUCAGUUUUGAUGGGAAUUUCCUUGAUAUGAGUAUAAAAUUUUAAAAUCCUAGAGGAGCUGCUGCUUUGCAGUGAGCAGCUCUGUAGCUUGCUUUUGUGAGAAGAUUUUUUUUUUCCUUUGAAGAGAGCAGUGUGACAGUGUGGUGUGCCUCUGACAGUCUUGCUGACGUGUGGAGCAAGACUUUGCAAGUCUGAUGCCAGCUCACAUUAGAGUAGCACAUAUUCCAUAAAAGACUUCUUGCUAGAAGGUAGUUUCGCAUGCAUGAAUGGUGCUUGGGCUUAUCUUUGGUUUUGUUUUUGUAGCCCUUGCAGUAGGAACAAAGUUACAUAUUUCUCAGUUAAACAUAAAGCUGGUAGGUUUCCUCUUUCUUUGUACAAGAGACAUAUUUCAGAGUUUUUUGGUUGUUUUGGUUUUUAUCCUCUGAAAUGCUAAUAGCAGCUUCUCUGAUACUUGAUUUGAUACUGACUUAGUUUCUGGGGUUUUAGUUUCUGUGCUUAGAGUAACUCUGAAUCUUAGUUGAUAGUUUACAAGUUAGUGUUAGAUUGCUGAUCAGCAAAUGUUCACCUGAAAACCCUGAGAAGGGUCACUGGCACUGGAGUGAGUAAAUUCUUCCCCAGACAUUAAAUAAUGUGUGAAGCUUAAUAUCAAGUAAAUGUUACUGUAGUCUUGUAAACAAGACUAGCAGAGCCACCUGUCGCCAGUGGGAACUGUGUGCAUCCAGGUGUGGGAUUGUAAUGUAGAACUUCUUCAGAAUGUGACAUGCAGCUGCAAUAUCCUUGGAAAUUAACCCAGCUGAACUGGGAGACAGGCUCUCUCCUCCUCUUAGAAUCCAUCAUCUCUUCUGUGGGUGGAGAGAGGAACGGAAAGGUAGAUGAGGGAAUUCAGGGAGCAUUAAUUGCAGCUGAAUGGGUGAAAGUGACUGAAGUCCUCCUUUGACUCAUGGACAGGAAGAAGAGAACACCAGUGUGAUGUUUGCAGGAGGUGCUGUUCCUACAGUGCUUCUUGAGAUGUGAACAGUGACAGUGCUCUGGGAAGUUUGGCUUAGUUUGCUUGGAUUGUGGCUCCAAAGUGAUGACAGGAUUUUAUGUGCACAUCUGGCAGCAAUAACACCUCACAAAAGUAUCAAAUGGAACCAACUGGGGAUUUCAUUCUGCUCUUUAGGGUUAUUUUAAUGCCUUGCAAGUCUGAGUAACCUUUUAUUUAAAAUCCUGAUGCAUAAGCCAUGUCUAUUGAAGAACAGACACCAAGUUCCAAGGUGUCAGACAAGAUCUUCAGGCAUAACUACAUCAGAGGGAGAAAUGAGAAUCUUGCUUUAGAGGUCAGUGGUUGGGAAACAUUCUUCCCUAUGUUUGAGUGUGCCUCAAGGUCCUAUAAGGUAAAUGGUGUUUUUACAGUUAAUCUAAUGGAUGUGGUUGAUUUGGUUUGUUUUAUACAUUUUUAACAUGUGGUUCAGUAGCAGUAAUAGCUCUAGAUCCUCUUGAAAACCUUUGUAAAUAUGGUGGAGCUGGCAAAUUCUUUAAAACUCAAUAAAUUCACCUGAUAUAGAAUUC